UAUCAUUUGGCUUUCGAUUUGAUCAUCAUCAUUCAUACCGUUUUCAUAUUUAGUUUUAUAGCAUUAGUUUUUGUCAAGAUUUUUUUCGCUUCACACAUUUUCAAGUACACAUUGUAAAUCAUCAAUCAUAUUUCAUUGAAAAUAAAAUACUUUUCCCAGUGAAUAAUAAUAUUUAAAAAAAAAAAAAAAUUAUCAACAAUUCACAUCGAUGAAAUACGGCCAGUGUUCAACGACCAUCACGCAGCCAUGUCUUGGCCGUACCAUCUUUCCAUCCAGUGCAACUCAUACAAAUUCAACGGCCAACGGUGGCACAACGACAACGUUUCAUAAUCGUGUACAAAUAUCACCCAAUCUGAUCGAUUAUUUUCCACUAAAUGGAGAUGGUUUACAAUUAAAUUGGGCACAUGCUGUCAAUAGUCGUUCCAAAUUGAUGACUGCAUUACGAGGUGAUGAUCUUAUGAUCGAAGCCGAUGUAAGCCUGGCGGAAACAUCACGUUAUCCUGUGCCAAUAAUGGCACAUCCGCCGAACAAUGCCAGUGAUCUUACAUUGGAAGAUUUUCUAAUCGAAAUUGUACGUUCGAAUUGUGCAAAGGGAAUCAAAUUGGAUUUUAAAUCCACACGUGUUGUUGAACCUGCAUUCCGUGUGUUGGCUAGGCAUGUUGAUUUCAUCAAAGGUCCAAUCGUGUUGAAUGCCGAUAUUCUUGCUGGACCAAACAAUCCAGAAGCAACACCUGUCGAUGCAUGGACAUUUUUAAUGUUAUGCCGAACACGUUUCCCAAAGGCAAUCAUAUCGAUCGGUUGGACAACAAAUCUUGAUGGACAAAUGAAAACAGGAUAUAGCCGCGAAAUGGUCGAUCAUAUGGCAUCAUUAGUACGUGAAUAUAAUCUAAUGCAGCCAUUAACGUUUCCAGUGAAUGCUACAUUACUUAAAUAUUCGAUUUGUGAAAUUCAACGUCUACUGUUUCAAGUACCAAAUAGUACAUUAACUGUAUGGGCACAUCCCGAAGAAUUUGCCAACAAUAAUCUAACAUUACAUGAUUUGUUCAUCAUACGUAAAGCAUUCUCAAUCAAUUCCGUCUUCUAUGAUAUGCCUUCCGAAGUGAUCAAUGAACUACGACGUGCCAGCAGCCUUUGAAGAUUAAAACAAAAAUUAACAAAUCAACUGAA